CGUAGCUGGUGUGUGGCCCGUCCCCGCUCUCCAUCUCUGGGAUCUCUCCGGGUGUGGCUAUCUCUCGAGCAUCAUGCCUUCUCACAAGACCUUCCGCACCAAGGUCACCUUGGGCAAGAAGAUGAAGCAGAACAGGCCCAUCCCCCAGUGGAUCCGUCUCCGCACGGACAACACCAUCCGCUACAACGCCAAGCGCCGCCACUGGCGCCGCACGAAGCUCGGCCUGUAGAGCGCUUGUUUUUGGCGCCGCAUUCGGGAGGAAUGGGGGUGGGGAGCGUGACUGGAGCGGGAUGCGUUGGCAGAUGAAUCGAUCGACCUACCGCGGAGCACAUCGCAGGAGUUAUCUGUCUGACGUUGUUGCAACAAUGGCGUCCAGUCGGGGUGUCGCAUUUUUGCUUUCUGCGCCCUGUGCUACUCCAAGCAGUACACCUGUUGCCAAGCGCACGGUAGCCCGUGUAAGGUAGCAGGUUGCCCUUGAGAGAGAUACGUCGGAAGGUGCUAGUGUCUAGGCUCGUUGUUUUUACCCCCCUUCCCCCUGGAGGGGCUGGCUCCCAUACGUUCGUUUUCUGAAAGCGAGUUGAGAGGGGCCAACCACCCAUGAAGAAAAGGAGAUCCUAAAAACCAAGAAGAAAAAAAGCGGACGAGGAAUUCCGUUUUUUUUGUUUGGUGCACGGUUUUGCGCCUUGUGUUUGCGUCAAGCGUGGCUGGCGCUUGUGAUGGAAGCGAGUGCGGCGUGUGAUCGGGUUGCUUCGAUGCGAAGACCUGGACUUUUGUGUUUUUUUUUGCCGGACAACGCGAGAUGUGCCCCGA